UGAACAUUUACUCCUUUUUAUUCUCAUCGAAAGCAGCGCUGAAAAGGAGAAUGAGUAUGAUGGGGUCUCCAGCCGCAGCCUCCUGCGUCAUCCUCGCCAAUCUUCUCGCUGUUGUCACCGGGAUCGAAUCCCCUCAAUACACUGUCAUCCACUCCGAAUCCGAUUUCGAGAUUAGGGUUUACAGAGAGUCUACCUGGAUGUCCGCUUCCUCUGAUAAAAUUUCAUUUGAGAAAGCUACAAAGCUCGGAUUUCACAGAUUAUUUCAGUACAUUCAAGGAGCCAAUUUGAAUUCCUCGAGAAUCAGAAUGACCACCCCUGUAUUAACCAGUAUUGUUCCGGAUGCAGGGCCCCUGCAUUCCUCAGCCUACUCUAUCAGAUUCUAUCUUCCCUCCAAAUUCCACGCUUACCCUCCCAUUCCUCUCCCAGAAUUGAACCUCCACCCUGUGCAUUGGCCCACUCGCUGUGUUGCAAUCAGGCAGUUCUCUGGAUUUGCCCGUGAUAACAAUAUUGUGAAGGAAGCUGAGAAACUAGCCGUUAGCUUGAGGAAGUCACCCUGGGCCAACUCCACUGAUUCUUUUGACAAAAACUCAUAUUCCAUUGCUCAGUAUAAUUCUCCUUUUCAUUUCGUCGGUCGGAUUAACGAAGUGUGGGCUGAUAUCGAUGCAUCGAAGAUACCGGGUUGCGAAUCGGGUCGUGUUGCUGCCUAUUGAAAGCUUGGAAGUAUGCUUCAUUUGACAAGAUGUGAGAAGUUUGAGCUCCAGGAAAAAAAAAAAUGAAUAAUGUCUGAUAUUGCAUGUAUCAGAAUAUUGUAAUUUGUAAAUUUUGUAAGGUUAAAUGCAGAUGGGAAAAGGAGGUGCUGAUUCUCUUGGAUCCUGUGGUCAUAAUGAUGGUAUCGUUUCAGAAUGUUGCAAUGUCUUAAUGCUUCAAAGUAGUGAAGGUGUUUUUAUGGCCAU